AUGGACAAGCACGAAGUUUUGAGGGAAGCUCAGCGCCGCGUAUUGGAUGCUGACGCUAGACAACGCCGCUUACGUAAGGCACUAGAGAUUUUGGAGCAAGACAAUCAUGUCGAGGAGCCCGUGUCGGAAUCGCGUUCUACCAAAAAGCCAAAGUUUGGCGAGGAUGACGGUCCCUUCAAAUCCGGUAAGAAUAAGAAAAAGCGACGUUCGUUCUGCGUCAAGAGUGGAACGCUUUCUCUGGGAUCUACUAUUUUCCAAUGCAUUGAAAUAUGUGCAAAUAAAUUCAUUUGA